UUUGGUCUGGUAGCAUUACCAACAAAUGGAGAAAGUAACAUACUUUAGUAACAACUCACACUAUGUCUUAAGAGCAUCAUUAUCGCAGGAUCUUAAUUGAGUUUUUAAGGAUAUUAGUAAUUAAAAGAAAAAGAAAAAUAGGUAUUAACUUAAGGGGCGGAUCUAAUUUAGGAGUUAGAAGAUACGUUUCUUGCGACGGAGUGACUUCGCCUGGUCUCCUUCUCUUCUUCGCCUUCAUCUUCUCCUCCUUCUGUUUUUCGCCUUCAUCUUCUCCUUCUCGCAUAGAAUUUUGGUUGAGCUUCUUCUUCUUCUCCUAAACCUCAGAAAGCUUCACAACAAUACAAACGGGUUUUGCAGUGAUGGGAUCUCUUGUCCGUGAAUGGGUUGGGUUUCAGCAAUUUCAAAAUUGAUUGAAUUCUUCGCCAAAUUGAAGCAAAAGGACAUGAACUCAUUGACAGUUGUUGUUAUGGGAAAAGGCGGUGUAGGAAAAUCAUCCACCGUCAACUCUCUUAUUGGUGAACAAGUCGUCCGUGUCAGUCCUUUCCAGGCGGAAGGUUUGAGGCCAGUGAUGGUUUCAAAAACUUUCUUCCUCUUCGCUUCUUCUCUGCACAGUUUGCAUAUAAUCCUCAAAUACAAAACACCAACCAACAAAAACGAUGUACUAGACCAGAUCAUCAACUCAAAAUGGAUUCGAGAGACGCUGGAGAAACUCAUCAGGCCAAGUACAAAGGCAUCCGACGCCGGAAAUGGGGAAAAUGGGUAUCGGAGAUUAGGGUUCCAAGAACUCGUGAACGCCUCUGGUUAGGCUCUUUCUCCACCGCUGAAGGCGCCGCCGUAGCCCACGACGUUGCUUUUUUCUGCUUGCACCGACCAUCUUCCCUGGACGAAGAAGUUUUUAACUUUCCUCAUUUCCUUCAACCUUCCCUCGCAUCUUACACGUCUCCUAAGUCCAUCCAAAAAGCUGCAUCAGACGCCGGCAUGGCCAUCGACGCUGGAUUCGCCGUUAAGAAAGACGGUGUGAAUGGUGGCGGCGAAUAUAGAUCAUCGACGGCGAACAUGGCGGAAUACAGCGAAAGGGAAGCGUUGAGCAUCUCCGUGUACGAUUAUCUAGAUGACGAUCGCAUUUUAGCACCUUAUGUUGGCAAUUAAUAUUGGAUGUGAAUAGAAUUUAUUUUUUUACUUCUUUUAUUUCGCAAAAAGAGA